AUGGUCAGGUCUGGCACAGGCUCUGAGGGGGCAGAGAGCCAGCACGAGGGCCACCUGCCCUGCCACCUCUCACUCAUGCCUGUCCUGGCUGGUCCUUCUCCAGAGCUCUCCUUGGUCCUACAGUGCACCACCCAGCUGGUGCUGGAGGCUGUUCAUCCGAAUAAUAGUUUGCGAGUAAGCCCACAGGCACAAUCUAGACGACCUCCUGAGGGAGGGGAGUUACUUAAGGUCGGUCCUUCAUUUGUGCAUUUCUUCCUUCAGCAAGGCUUCCCCAAGCCCUUUCCUGUGGGGUCCUGGGGGUACAGGAGCGCCCCUCCCAGCCAAGUGGGCAGAGCAGGUCUAGGUGCCGACGGUGCUGAUGCAGGGCGGCCAGGGCUGCGGUGGGGACGCCCAGGGCGGGAGGGACACACACCGCCUGCUCCCAGCCACCCGGCCUCCAGCACUGUGCCAGCUCCUCGCCCCACCCCACAUCCCCAGGCCAGCAAGCACCCCACCUGCAAGGAGCCCCGCCCCCAGCCAGCCUGGCGGCGUUGGCAUUCGUAUCCCGAGUAUGUAGGCCCCAUUUUGAGCGAGGAGCUGCCUUCCAGGAGCCGGGCUCCCACCGCCGUGCACGCAGGCCCCGGGCGGCCCGGCCCGCGCGCGCCCUUCAACCCCGCAGGUGCCCCCAGCAUGGCGGCGGCCGAGGUGCCCGGCUACCUUGUGUCCCCGCAGACGGAGAAGCACCGGCGGGCCCGCAACUGGACGGACGCGGAGAUGCGUGGCCUCAUGCUGGUCUGGGAGGAGUUCUUCGACGAGCUGAAGCAGACCAAGCGCAACGCCAAGGUGUACGAGAAGAUGGCCAGCAAGCUGCUGGAGAUGACCGGCGAGCGCCGGCUGGGUGAGGAGAUCAAGAUCAAGAUCACCAACAUGACCUUCCAGUACAGGAAAUUAAAAUGCAUGACAGAUAGCGAGUCCGUCCCGCCCGACUGGCCCUAUUACCUAGCCAUUGAUAGGAUUCUGGCCAAGGUCCCCGAGUCCUGUGAUGGCAAACUGCCGGACGGCCAGCAACCGGGGCCCUCCACGUCCCAGACCGAGGCGUCCCUGUCGCCGUCCGCUAAGUCCACCCCUCUGUACUCACCGUAUAACCAGUGCUCCUACGGAGGCCGCUUCCAGGACGAUGGCUCCUCCAGCUCCGACAGCUUACUGCCCCUUAAGUUCAGGUCGGAUGAGCGGCCCGUGAAGAAGCGCAAGGGGCAGGGCGGCCACCUGCAGAGGAAGAAGCUGCGGCUGCUGGAGGCGAUGCUGGAGGAGCAGCGGCGGCUGAGCCGCGCCCUGGAGGAGACGUGCCGCGAGGUGCGCCGCGUGCUGGACCAGCACAGCCUCCUGCAGGCACAGAGCCUGCAGCUGCAGGAGCGCAUGAUGAGCCUGCUGGAGAAGAUCAUCGCCAAGUCCGGCGUCUAG